AUGUGUGUGAUUGACUGUGACAGAGAUGGGAAAAGGAAAAGAUCCUCUAAGGAUGAAAAUCUGGAAUUGAGGCUCAGAAGAAAUAUGAUGCCUGAAGAGCUGGAGAAGAAAAGACAGGAGAUUUUAGUCAAAGCCAAGCAGAGGCGUCGUGACAGAUGUUUACUUCCUCUGAGGCUGACCAGCUGCAUUUGCCAGAAGCCAGUCACAAGGAUAACCUCUCAUCCUGACAAUGUGGUCAGAAGACGUCGGUGCGAGGAGACCCUGGAAAAGCCCCAGCAAGUCUUUGCAUUCCGGAGACUGCAGGGACUCCAAGCCUACAGCCCUGAAGGAGAACCUUUCAGUACCAUGGACAGCGCAAACGUUUCCGGGAUCAUUGUCCAGCGUGAUGCCGGUGAAUCCCUGGGAGGUGCUGGUGCCUGGUCUCUGCACACUAGCCCUGAGCCCAUCCUUGCCCAGUCGUCAGAUGGGGCAGAGCUCAACCCAAGGUUGGGGCUCUUUCUCCCACACGCCCUCUGCAGACAACCAGUAAAAGAUGCAGAUAUUCGCCGGCAGUCUCGGAAAGUGAAGCGAGCAAGGGAGAGAUUGACUAUGGCCUUGAAGGCAGACAGGCUUGCCAGGGAGGCAAAGAGAACCAGGAGCCAGAAAAAAUGUUUCUGA